ACGUAGACGUAGUUAUCCACCAAUUCCUUUUUUGAAAUUUAACGAAAGAAAGACAAAACCGUAUUCCAACUAUAGAAAGGACUACUUUGUGGGUUGGGUAUGUGCAGGGGCUGUACCUGUAUCCAUCCUCAGAAUUUCCAGCAAUUCUGGGAAUUUGUGGCUUAUGUUGGGUUUAUUAUAAUGUGCGGGUAUUUGUAAGGAGUCAGGACAGUCGUACUAAAACCUUCAUCAGUUAUGCAUGGUAAUUCUGAUUAGUAGAAAUUUAUUGAGUUAGCUAAUGGAAUCAGCUUCUUCAGGGGGAGUAUCACUGAAUAUGGAAACCCAUGUCAAAGAUGAGAUUCAUAACUGUGUGAUUGAGCUGAGAGAAAAUCCCUUAAAACGAAGGGACAAGGUGUACAUUGGCUGCGGAGCUGGCUUUGGAGGUGACAGGAUUUUGGGCGCUCUUAAGUUGCUUGAAAGAGUGAAAGAACUUAAUUAUCUUGUACUCGAAUGCCUAGCAGAACGCACCCUUGCUGAUCGGUAUCAGGUUAUGGUGUCAGGAGGUGAUGGUUACGAUUCAAGGAUUUCAGAUUGGAUGCGUGUGCUUUUACCUAUAGCUAUGGAAAGGGGAGUUUGCGUAAUCACAAACAUGGGUGCAAUGGAUCCAUCUGGUGCACAGGAAAAAGUUGUAGAAAUAGCCAGCAGCCUGGGACUGAAUGUAUCUGUUGGUGUUGCUUAUGAGGUUUCUGUUGGCAAAGCAGGUUCGAGAUCACCUCUUGAGAAAUCACAUAGCAUGGAAGGUGGUAUUAGCACAUAUCUUGGAGCAGCUCCCAUUGUUGAAUGUUUGGAAAAGCACCAACCUAAUGUAGUCAUAACUUCUCGUGUUGCAGAUGCUGCCUUAUUUUUGGCGCCAAUGAUAUAUGAACUGGGUUGGAACUGGGACAAUUUAGAACUUCUAGCACAGGGGUCUCUGGCUGGCCAUCUUCUGGAGUGUGGUUGUCAACUUACUGGGGGAUACUUCAUGCAUCCAGGUGACAAAUAUCGGGACAUGUCUAUGUCUCAGCUCCUUGAUUUGUCACAUCCUUAUGCUGAAAUAAGUUCUGAUGGAAGAGUAUGCGUAGCAAAGGCAGAACAUAGUGGUGGGGUCUUAAAUUUCAGUACUUGUGCUCAACAACUUCUGUACGAAAUUGGGGACCCCAGUAGCUAUGUCACCCCUGAUGUGAUUAUUGAUCUUCAGAAUGUUUCAUUCUCUCCCUUGUCAAGUUGCAAGGUUCUUUGUGUUGGAGCAAAAUCUUCUGCUGGUUCGGUCCCUGAAAAACUCUUGCAAUUGAUUCCAAAGGACUGUGGUUGGAAAGGAUGGGGUGAGAUAUCUUAUGGAGGAUAUGAAUGUGUUAAACGUGCAAAGGCUGCCGAAUUCCUGGUCAGAUCAUGGUUGGAAGAAAUAUUGCCUGGCAUCAACAGUUCUGUAUUUUCUUAUAUAAUUGGCGUCGAUAGUCUGAAAGCAACUAGCAUUGGUGAUGACGCUUCAUCUUCAGCUGCUAGUAAUGAUGUAAGGUUGCGUAUGGAUGGAUUAUUUGAGCUGAAAGAACAUGCAGUCCAAUUUACUAGAGACUUUACAGCAUUAUAUACCAAUGGACCAGCUGGUGGUGGUGGUAUCAGUGUUGGACACAAGAGAGAGGUCAUUCUUGAAAAACAACUGGUCAAUCGUGAACAUGUUGCUUGGAAGACAUCCAUAAAGCGCACUGUAACAAAAUCAAAUUCUCCAAGAAUUAGCCAUGAAAACCUCAUUAAAAUUCCAGUUUCUCAAGGAUCAGUAGAAGAUGUUUCAUUUUCUGAAAGUGACAUCUCUCCUGCUCCUGCGGGCCGAAAAAUUCCACUCUAUGACAUAGCACAUAGCAGGGCUGGAGACAAAGGGAAUGACUUAAACUUUUCCAUUAUCCCACAUUUCCCUUCUGACAUCGAGAGAUUGAAGUUGAUCAUAACAGCUGGGUGGGUUAAGGGUGUAGUCUCGGCUCUCCAAAACAACUCUUCAUUUCUCAACUUGGAGUUGGAUGCCAUCAACAAGAGGGAUAAAUGGGUGAAUGAACAUGUUAAGGUAGAAGUUUAUGAAGUUAAAGGAAUUCAUUCUUUGAAUGUUGUGGUUAGGAACAUACUAGAUGGUGGCGUCAACUGUUCUAGAAGAAUCGAUCGCCAUGGAAAGACCAUCUCGGAUCUAAUAUUGUGCCAACAAGUAGUGCUGCCUCCUUGACCUUGAUUAGGUAGGUUGUUCCAAGUUUUUUUUGGUCUGAAGACGUAAAUUAUGUAACAACCUUUGUACUUAAGGCUAAUAAGGUGUAUGGACAAUCAAUUAAUAAUAGUCAAAUGUGAAAGAAUUUAAUACAA